AUGUCAAUAGAGGACGAAGAAAAAACCGCCUUCAUUACAGACGAGGGGACAUUUUGCUAUACCAAAAUGCCUUUCGGUCUUAAAAACGCUGGGGCCACAUAUCAGAGAUUCAUGAACACCCUCUUCAGGGAACAACGAGGAAGGAACCCGGAGGUAUAUGUUGAUGACAUCGUUAUCAAAAGCCUGAUAGAAAUGGCCAUGAUAGAUGACAUAGCCGAGACCCUCGGCACCAUGCAAGAUGUGAAUAUGAAAUUAAACCCCGGAAAGUGCUGUUUUGGGGUAGAGGAAGCGAGAUUCCUGGGGGUAGUGGUCACCAAGGGUGGAAUCAAAGCCAACCCUGAGAAAACCCAAGCUGUGGCAGAAAUGAGAUCUCCCAGGUCCUUAAAAGAUAUCCAGCAGCUGAACGGAAGACUGAUUGCGCUGAACCGCUUUCUAUCAAAAGUGGCUGACAGGACUCUCCCCUUCAUGAAGGUGCUGAAGGAUUGCCUUCAAACAAACAAAUUCAGAUGGACCACUGAAGCAGAAACUGCUUUCCAAGAAAUGAAGAACUAUAUCUGCCAGCUCCCAACCCUGGCCACCCCAAUACCUGGAGAACACCUGCUCCUGUAUUUGUCGGCCUCAAAGACAACCAUAAGCGCGGUCAUGAUGGUGGAACGAGAGGGGAAGCAAAUACCAAUAUACUUCAUCAGUAGAACGCUUAAAGGUCCUGAGGAGCGUUACAUGCCCCUGGAAAAAUUGGCGUUAGCCCUCGUUUUCGCAUCCCGAAGGCUCAGAAGGUACUUCCAGGGACACAAGAUCACUUUGAUGACCGAUAAGCCCCUCCAAGGUCCUGAGGGGCGUUACAUGCCCCUGGAAAAAGUGGCGUUAGCCCUCAUUUUCGCAUCCCGAAGGCUCAGAAGGUACUUCCAGGGACACAAGAUCACUUUGAUGACCGAUAAGCCCCUCCAGAAGGUGCUCAAGAGGCCAGAACUGUCCGGACGACUGGCUAAGUGGGCCGUAGAGCUGGGAGAACACUCCCUGGAGUUCAAGCCCAGAACAGCCAUAAAGGGACAAAUACUGGCCGACUUUUUAGCAAAGGUCCCGGAGGAUGAAGAAAAAGAACUCCAGAAAUGGGAGGCCUUAGAAAGAAAAGAGAAAGAGGAAGAAGACAAGGCUGUGUGGAAAAUAUUCACAGACGGAGCCUCCAGCGAGGAAGGAAGUGGAGCAGGCAUCACCUUGGUAAGUCCUGAGGGGGUUGAGUUGACUUAUGCCAUAAGAUUAGAUUUCGAAAACACCAACAAUACCGCAGAGUAUGAAGCCCUUCUGGCAGGAAUGAGGCUAGCACAAAAAAUGAAAGCAAGACAUGUGGAAGCCAGCACCGAUUCACAACUGGUGGUUAAGCAAUACCAAGGAGAGUAUGAGGCCAAAGACAACAUCAUGGCUCAGUACAUGGCAAAAGUAAAGGAAACAGCUGAAGCAUUCAAAACCUUCAAGUUAGAAUACAUCCCCCGAGGGAGAAACAGAAAGUCUGACGCCCUCAGUAAGCUGGCCUCAGUAGCAUUCAACCAUCUCGCAAGGGAAGUUAAAGUGGAAGUCCUGACCUCUCCUUCCCUUAGCACGAAGGAGGUGGCUGAAGUUGAAAGUGCUCAGGAAACAUGGAUGACACCAAUUAUAAAGUUCCUCAGAGACGGAACCCUGCCUGAGGGGGAGUGGGCAGACAGAAAGGUAAGGGUUAUGGCCCUGCAGUAUGAGUUGAUUGAUGGGGAGCUGUACCGAAGAUCAUAUCUGGGCCCAUCCUUGAAAUGCGUUGAUAUGGAAGAAGCUGAGUAUGUGAUCAAGGAAAUGCAUGAGGGGAUUUGUGGAAUGCAUGAGGGGAUUUGUGGAAUGCAUUCGGGGCCAAGGACGAUAGUAACAAAGGCGAUGAAUGCGGGGUUCUAUUGGCCACGAAUGUAUGAAACGGCAUCCGAGGAGAUUAAGAAGUGUGACAAUUGCCAGGUACAUGCACCAAUGACUCACCACACAAACACCCUAUGA